UCGUCAUACGAUUAACAAACACAAAACACGAAACAGAACUGAGACUCAGAAGCAGGAAUGGUGGAAAAGCCGACCUGAGCUAUGGAAGUUCCGAUGACAAGCGGUCUAGCCGCCAAAAGGGGUGGUGGUUUGCCAAAACUACGAGAACUUCUUCGUCGACAAAGACGGGAUUCAGACGGCCAAAAUGAUACACCGGACUUGGAUUUUGAAUAUGAUGAUGCUCACAAAUAUAGCCAUGAAAUCGCAGAGUUAUAUAGUUACACUGAAGAACCAGAAUUUUCUUUGGGUCAGAAGUGUUUUGAAGAGGAUUUCCAUUCCUAUGUUGAUGAGAAAUGGAGUCAGCUUGAUGAGACGCGACAGGUGAUGCACAUCUUACAUCUACAGAAUAGCUUAGAAUGCGCCAAGAGGGAACAGAGAAUGAAAACAGCUAGAGCUGUUCUUUACCUUGCCCAAGGUGUAUUCAGUGAAUGUUCGUCGGAGGAGGACCAGGCUAAAUGGUGUCGUCACAACUGUUUUCUGCUCUACAGAUGUGGUAUCUUUACCACAUUUGUAGAGUUAUUGUGCAUGGAGGCAGAGAACUCCGUUGCAGCUUCAACUGCUCUUCGUAAGCCUGCUGUAUCAAUAGUUGACAGUACAGAUCUCAGGGUGGUACUGAGUGUUCUGUACAUCAUGGUUGAAACGCUUCGUACAGAGCGCCCUGAGGAUACAGAUGAAAUGAAGACACAGUUACACAAUUUCAAAGUAGAAAUAGGUCAAGCUGUAAAGGACGAUGAUUCCCUUUCUAUCAUCCUCUUCAAUAUGGUGACUAAGUUCUGCAGCGGCCAUGCUCCACAUUUCCCAAUAAAGAAGAUUCUCCUUCUUCUCUGGAAAGCUAUUCUGUUUUCCUUGGGUAGUCUGUCGGACUACUCACAGAUGAAACAGACAGCAAGAAAAGCAGCAGGUCUAGCUCCCGUUAGAGAAGAUACAAUGACUGUUGCUAAGACGAUGAGGGCGUCCUCUCCUCCGAUGGGAGCAGCUGAAGUCUUUGACCCCCAGCGCAGGUCAUCUAGACAAACUAGAAGGGGUUUGGUGAAACAGAAUGGAAUAGAUGAACCUAUGCCUGAGGAUCCAGCCGACCAGGAGAAAGAGGAUGGAAAUGGGAAAGAAGAUGGGAGUAAUGGAAGUGAUGAAGAUGAGGAUGGGAAUGGAAAACCACCUGAUACACCAAGAGAACCUAGAGUUCUACCAUGGACACCUAAAGUCAGACAAAGAGACCUUGAUAAUUUCUUGGAUCACACCAGGAACAAGUUUGUAGGCUAUCAAGUAUCAUGUGACACAACAACUCUUGCCGGCCUUCCCCAUCCCAUUCAUGAAGGGGUUCAGGUCCUGAAAAAACAUGUGUAUGUGUCACUGUCUGAAUUACAAGUCAAGAGAGAGGAGGAAAUCAACAAGAACCCCCUUUCCAAGGGAGAAGGAGAUUCUGCAUCAUCGUCUGUUGAAUCCCUCUACCAAUCCAUGCUACCUAAUCUACCCCAGUACAUGAUAUCGCUUCUAAAGAUCCUUCUUGCCGCAGCUCCUACUUCUAAAGCCAAGACUGAAUCUAUUAAUAUCUUGGCUGAUGUUCUACCUGAAGAGAUGCCAAUCACUGUUCUACAAAGCAUGAAGCUAGGAGUGGAUGUCAACAGACAUAAGGAGAUUAUUGUGAAGGCAAUAUCAGCUCUCUUACUCAUCCUUCUCAAGCAUUACAAGCUCAAUCAUGUCUAUCAGUUUGAAUUCAUGAGCCAGCACCUGGUGUUUGCUAAUUGCAUCCCCCUUGUGCUCAAGUUCUUCAAUCAAAACAUCCUCUCCUAUGUGGGAGCUAAGAACAGUAUUCAUGUGAUAAACUUCCCUUCAUGUGUCAUUGGUGAUCAAGCAGAGCUAACAGCAGAGAGUCUAGAAGCAGGAGACAGCCAGCCAUUCUGUUGGAGGAAUCUCUUCUCAUGUAUUAACCUGCUCAGAAUACUCAAUAAGCUCACCAAAUGGAAGCAUUCAAGAACCAUGAUGUUAGUAGUCUUCAAAUCAGCCCCAAUCUUGAAGCGCGCCCUGAAGGUCAAGCAAGCAAUGAUGCAGCUCUAUGUGUUGAAGCUCCUGAAAGUACAGACUAAAUACCUUGGUCGUCAAUGGAGGAAGAGUAACAUGAAGACCAUGUCAGCUAUUUAUCAGAAGGUUCGUCACAGACUCAAUGAUGACUGGGCAUAUGGCAAUGACAUGGAUGCCAGACCAUGGGACUUCCAAGCAGAGGAAUGUGCAUUAAGAGCAUGUGUGGACAGAUUCAACUCCAGACGAUACGAACACAACAACUCGUCAUGCUUACAUCCAGAGCUGGCUCCGGUUGAUAAUAACUUACAGAGUGUACUUAGUCAGAAGGUGGAGUUGAGUGAAGAGUUCCAACGGUACUAUGAGGUUUGGUUAGAUAGAGAGGUCUUCUCAACACAGAUCAACUGGGACCUGCUUCUUAGAGACCAGGUCUGCAUAUAGAUAUCAAAGAGCAGUUCCAUAGAGGGACCAGGUCAAUAGACCAGAUCAACUGGUACCUGCUUCUUAAAGACCAGGUCUGCAUAUAGAAAUCAAAGAGCAGUUCCAUAGAGGGAUCAGGUCUAUAGACCAGAUCAACUGGGAUCUGCUUCUCAGAGACCAGGUCUGCAUAUAGACCAGGUCUAUAGACUAUAGGCCAGGUUUGUAUGGAGAGACCACAGCAACUGGGACCUGCUUCUCAGAGACCAGGUCUGCAUAAAGAUAUCAAAGAGCAGUUCCAUAGAGGGACCAGGUCUAUAGACCAUAAGCCAGGUUUGUAUGGAGAGACCAGACCAACUGGGUCCGUUUGGAGAGACUAGUUCUGUAUGAUCUGUGUAUGGAGACUAGGCAUCGGGGCCCAUAUUCAUAAAACCUUAUUUAGUCUAGUUGGCAACUAAUUACAUAGGCUAUAGUACAUAGAUAGUUGACAACCAGGCUUAGUAAUAUUUUAUGAAUAUGGGCCCUGGUGUGUAUUUAGAGAUCAAAGAACAGGUCCUAACAUAAAGGCCAGAGACAAAAUAUGCAGAGACCCAAACCCAGAUAUAGGUCUUUCCGGACUAGACACACGAUCUGUUAUAUAGAGUUGUGUGCAGAGACCGGACUCCAGGUCUAUGUAGGGCCCAGCUGUGUAAUGCUACUGAUCAGGUGAUGGUGAUUCGUUGUGACAAUAUGACAGCAUUAGGGCACCCCUCCUCUAUCCUCCCCUAAAUAUUGGGGGGGGGGGGGGGAGGCAGGGGUUCAUCAUAGAAUAAAAAGUUUAGAUUUAAACAAUGUCUUUGCUUAAAUUACAAUUCGCCUUUUUGGACACGUAGCAAAAUCGUUUAAAAAAAGAUGAUAAUAAAAUAACAAAUAGUGCUUAUGAACCGCUUACCACCGAGUCUCUAAGCGGUAAGUGUUCCACGUGUUAAGUAUCUUAGCACAAGAUUGAAUAUCUUUUAGUUUUUAGAUCUAUUUAAGAACUCUAGGCCAUGUUAAAACUAGACUUAAAUACUAGUACUUGUAAAUACAAAUCUAAAUCUAAAUUACAAUUGGAGGUUAUGAUGUGCUUAUGUUUGGUUAAGCGUUUGAUUUUGAUUGUUCUUAACUAUUAUUCAAUGGAAAUUGAAAAGAUUUUAUAUUCUUAAAUACUGGAAAUUUGCAUUCUCGAGCAUUACAGAAUCUUACAGUGUUAUGAAGCAAUUUAAAUUUUUUAAAUUUUUUUAUUUGUAUCCAAUUAUUCAUAAUAUCCCGUGGGGACAAUACCAGCAGAAAAAAAAUAAAUCAGUCAUUAGUAAAAUCCUGUUAAAUUCUAAUGGUUCUUCUUCCCACAGACAUCUUUGCCAUACUACAUGUAUCUAUUCAUUUAUUAUAGCUUCACGUAAUGUUUUUAGUGAAACGAAGUUGCUUUUAACUGAUUAAUUAACAAUAUUUAUAUUGACCAAUGGGUAAAACAUAUUCCUCAUGGUCACAAGUAUUAAAUUCAAAUUUGUAGAUUUAUUCGGUUAUAUUUUAUUUUAUUUAUAUUGUUGCAAUUUAUUUUUAGUGUGCCAUCUAGUUGCAGCUUUCUAUGUCAGAGGGUCUUUUAUUGUUUGAAUGUAUUACUAGGAAGCAGGUUGAAUACAUGAAGCUGGGAUGAGUACAAGUUUGAAGAUGAGUGAAAUAAGUUUUAAAAGAUAAUCUGAAAAUCUAUUCUUUGUUGCAGUUUUAUGGGUGCAGAAUUAAGUUUGACUCAAAAGAACAGUGUGCUGUAAUUCCUUCUACUUGGUUUGAAGCAAAAUAUCUCAAACAGAAUAGAUACCAAAAGAUAGUGAUUGUUUUUUGUUUUCAGGACUUGCAUGAGUGUGAUACAAACAACACUAGUUCUUCUUCAUAUUUUAAUAGUUAAAUACAUCUGUGUAUCACCCUACAAAGACAUUCACUAUCUGUAUUUAGCCUUUUGUAUUGAUUAUGUGGUAAGUCCAAGCUAUUUUGUCCUGUAAGUUACCAACCACAUCCAAAAUGUUAGUGCAUCUGAACAUUGCAUUAGGUUUAGAGGUCUAUUAGACCUUCUACUCAGACCAAUAUAAAGUGACACAUUCAUUGUCAAGUAUAUGUUCAUAACUCCUCAACACUUGGUAACAUAUGGCACACCUAAUACAUUGGACUUGACUUACUGCAUGUAGUUCAUUCCAUAGCACAUUCAUAUCGUUUAUCAAAUCAUCCUUUGGCAAGAUAUUAACCUGCACUUGCUACUCUCCACCCAGGUGUUAAAUGGGUACUCGGUAGGAUGCGACCGUCAUUGUUGGUCAAACAGUUUUGAGCGUCAAGUAACGCCUGGCUGGAAUGCUCCCCAGGGACUGGAGAUUGUGCACACAGUGUGUGCGGGCAAGCACUGAAUCUAAUGACCGGGGUAAUAGUAUAUUUGUAAAGCGCUUAGAGACAUCUUGUAUUAAGUGCUAUAUAAAAAUUAAAUAUUAUUAUUAUCUAUUAUCUUGAACCUUCAUGGAUCCCAGUGUGUGCAAGGGUCCUUUUAAAUGUGUCACACAGGCACAAAACUUUGUGACAGUAUGGUGUAUGGCAUGGUCAUAUGGGCAGCUGCCAGUUUUUCUCGUUGGUUCUGUUGUCUUCAUUCAUAUAAUAGGAUACUAAAAAUUCUUACUUUACAAGAGGA